AUGGACCAGCAAUCUCAGCAGCCAGUGUCUAGGGUCACCCAGCCAUCCUCUACGGCACUUUUGAGUCCACAGCUUGUGGCUUCCCAAACUACUCCCACCAGCUCUACAUGGCAGUCACCAAGUGUUUCUCGCGCCCACCAUUCCCUUAUCACAUCACCAGUCACACCUGUUAACUCAUCAUUUCAUUCUGGAAAUGACCGAUCGGGUCCAGUCUCUUUGGUGACGUCACCCGUGACGCCGACUCCUGUCAGGUUAGUGUCCAGUGAUUUAUCUUCCGUGGUUUCCUUGCCAUCGCGGUCAGCGUCCUCUAGUGGCCCAGGCAGUGAAGUACCACCGAUGGUGUCAUUUGUGCAAAGCGGUCUCUCCUGCAUCUCUCCCUUGAGCCCUUUAUCAAGUAUGUCCAGUGCAUCAGUAUCUCGCUCUCUUACCACCGGUGCUACUCCUCUCAGCUCUCUCUCAGCAUCAACACAGAAGUACUUGAACACGUUCACGACACAGAGCACUGAAGCUUCACGAAGCUUCCCUGCCUCAACCAACCAGUCGUCAUUUGCAGGUCGAACGUCAUUUCUCAAUACAGACUUAUCAACAGACCACAGUGCUGGGAUCAAGUUGCUUUGUGAUCUGCUCAAUGACACCCUUCCUGAGCAGCCCCCUCCCCUGGUGGCCACGUCACUAGCUGUACGAUCUCUAGGAACUCCAACAUCAGUAUCAUCAGCAUCUUCAGACUCUUCUGUAGUUGAGCAAGGAAGACACCCAACCACCCCUCCCACUCUUCCAAGCAGGCCUUCAUCGAAAUCCCCGAGGACCCCUCCCCUGGGAAACACUCUAGCGCGUCCGUCCCCCGGAGGUACUACAUCUUCCUCGGAACAAACACCUACUCACAAUACCCCACCUACUGCAGAAGCUCCCGCUGCGGGGAAGAAAAGAACAUCGCCAUUUACGAUUGAAAACCUGGUUAGUUCAAACCCAGAAAAGAGUAAAAGUCCGGGUGAAACUGGUGUUGGAGAAAGAAACCCCAGCCCUGUAUCAGCCAACAGUAGACGCAGCCCUAAGGGGAAGAAUACAAACUUCAGUAUUGCGGAAAUCACCCGUGAUAUGAACCCGUCUAGUAAGGAACGUGUUCCUUUUGUGACAGGACCAGUGGGCUGUUCAGUUCCUACAUCUGUGUCACCUGGCCAAGAGAAGCAGAAUCAGCGAAGGAUCUCUCCACCAUUGGCAACGAUUACAAAUCCUGAACCCGAUGGGUCUGUCGUGGUAUCUACUGGCAUAAAGCCUUUGAAUGCAGUCCAGAGUUCCACAGGCCAAAAAUCCGAUCCCAUUCCCAAGAAUGAAGGAGAGUUAAAACGAGGACAAUUGUCUGCACCCGUGGCCAGAGUGAGUAGUGUAUCCGCCCAUAUGAACAGCUAUGUGCCAUCGAGCUUGGUCUCAAAAAGUUCUGCUUUAAAACAGGACGUUGUUCACUCCGAAGGUCAAAAUCCCAUCAGCAAACAUCAUGAAGAUCGUAGCUGUUUGGAUUCAAAGCUAAUAAGCCCAACUCCUGAUCGUACUCCAUCUCAAAAAGCCCAGCCUGUUUCUGAUGUUCCCAACGACGAAACUGCCUCCAGUGAAGUUAGUUCUUCUAUUCCUUCAUCGACUUCAAGCCCUGAGCGUCACAGACCAGAUGCAUCGACUCAUGCCUCUGAAAUCAUCUCCGAUGUUCCGUUAGAUAUGAUUCCUCUUCCGAGCGGUAAGAGACCCAGCCCUACCAGUUUGUCAGGAAAAAAAGGUUCCGCUAACAAGAAGCGCCGUUCUCCUGUUUCGCAGAUUCCAAAAUCCGCGAGUCCAGAUUCCGAGGUCACCAGCCUUAUGACUAAUGAGGCUCUUCCCCAGUCUCCGUCAAUCUCGUCUUCCGUUUCAAAGGCGACAGCGGUGUUAGAAGGUCAGGCACCUGUGUUAGUUGAUAGUAAUCCCUGCUCAGCACGCAGUCCUAUCCCAGUAGCCCCUUCGUCACUGCUACAGCCUCAAUCUGGAGUAUCACUACCCUCCUUUGGAAGUGUUUUUUCGCUCCCCAAGGAAGAACAGACUGUGACAUCACAGAACUCAGCAGCCAAAAGCAGGUACGGAUUGUAUUUAGUAGCGUAAGCGUAGCAGUCGACUAAUCAAAACGUACCAAUUUUUUAUUUUAUAUAUUUUGUUUUUUGCGCAGCAGUCAUGUCUCUGAGAUGCCAAGCCAAUGCACAAAAUUAGCAUCCGCCGAGCCUCCCGCGAAGAAACGGAAGCGUAAAGACAAGAAAAAGAUGCCUGGUAAGGCUGCCAAGGGAGCGUUAAGCCUGUUAAUACAGUAUGACAGUGACAGUCAAAGCUCGUGUAGCACCCACGGCACCGAGAGUGAUGAUAGUUCCGCCCACAGUACUAGCCCGGUCAGCGGUACACUUAGUCCAGUUGUAGUGGAAACCACAGAAACUCCUCGGUGCCAGACCCCCGGAGCACAGCCAGAACAAAGCCAAAAAUUCUCCGCCAAGAACGCCUCGCACAUUAACGGUGCUACAUCACCAAAGGGGAGGCAAAAAAGCACGGUAAAGAAACAGUCCAGCGUUGGGAAGUCGGCUGCUGAGAGGAAGAAACCCAAAGGAAGAGGAAACCAACGAGGAGACGUGCUUAACGCUUCGCCAUUUGUUAACCUGAAUGACACUGUGGGUUCAAUGCAGCAGAUAAAAUCCGCAGGACCUAGCGUCGCGGUGCCUACCAGCUAUCAACCCUAUCCGCCCGCUUACUCAAGCUACCCAACCCCAGGGCAACAGGGCUAUGUCAUGUCGAAUUUCUCAAUCCCCACCGGCACACUCAACUUUACCCCAGGGGGACAUCAGUUCUCUGCAAGUCUUCCACAGUAUUACACAGGAGAGGCGCACCCUGCUCCUACCGGGUACGGCACUUCACCAGGGGGAUUUUUCCCCCAGUGGCGAACAAGUUACGCCCCGAUGCCGUGUCAGUCACCUGCUUUCAGUUAUUCAAACAAUGGCAACAAUGGUGGUGGUGGUAAAGUGUAUAGAUAA